AUGAUUAAACAACAGCAACCACAGCAACUUAAGGCACAAAGCACCCAGGUCCUUCAGACCAUUACAUACGCCAUAUAUGCAUAUAAUUCAAAGACGGCAGAACAAACGCAAAGGUUGAAAUAUGGAGAUUUGGAGAUAGUAUUGAAAAAUGAACAUUUCGAAUUCGUUUGCAAAGGUGGUGCAGUGAUAUCAAAUAUAAAAGAAAUUUUAUUUAUGAAUUCAAAAAUUAAAGGAAUAACGGAUGAUAUAACAUCAAUUCCACCAGAAGAACAAAGAUAUUACGCAUUAAAUGCAUUUCCUAAAGUUUUGAAGAUUGGAAGAUUUAAUUUAAAUGAGGAAUUCAUAAAAGGUUUCCUAAAUGACAUAAUGAAGAAAGCAGAUAAGGAAUAUGUGGCUAGUGAGUUAAUGAAGAAAGCAGAUAAGGAAUAUGUGGCUAGUGAGUUAAUGAAGAAAGCAGAUAAGGAAUAUGUCAACAGUGAGUUAGACCUUAAAGCGGAUAAGGAAUAUGUGGCUAGUGAGUUAAUGAAGAAGGCAGAUAAGGAAUAUGUGGCUAGUGAGUUAAUGAAGAAAGCAGAUAAGGAAUAUGUUAAUGAAAAAGAUAAUGAAAUUAAAGAAAGGGUUGAAUG